CUUAUCCAUGUAAAAAUCCUUAUCUGUACCUAUAAUGUUAUUAUUAUUUUUAAGAACUCAAAAUUCUGAUAAUUGUUGCUAGUAAUUUGGCGAAACUGAAUUAUACAUACGUAUAUUUAACUUAUGUGAGUAAUACAGUGCAGUUUGAUUAUUUCAUUAACGUUUCGUCGUUUGUGAAUUAAGAGAUAACUAUUUAUUAGACAUAGUUAUUAAUUCUUAGUUCAAGGUGUUACGAACGUAUUCCUUAGCAUAUCCGCUGUAAUUCAAUUCAUACGAUGAAUACCGAAGCAUCACUCUGCUGUGUACCAGAUUUUCAAGAAUAUGCAUUUCGAACGCUUCCAAAAAAAGUUCUGGAUUAUUAUCGCAGCGGAUCUUGCCAACAGAAAACAUUACAUAAUAAUAGAGAAGCCUUUGACAGAUUAAGAAUCAGACCACGAAUGUUGAUUGAUGCAUCAAAAAUAGAGACCAGUAGCGAAGUUUUAGGCUGUAAAGUACAAAUUCCAUUUGGAAUUGCUCCAAGUGCUAUGCAAAAGUUAGCACAUCCAGAAGGAGAAAUCGGCAACGCAAAAGCAAUUGGACAGCUCGGCGGAAUUUAUAUACUUUCCACUUUAUCAACUACAAGUUUAGAAGAUGUGGCUGCCGCAACUCCCAAUACUACAAAAUGGUUCCAAUUAUACGUUUACAAAGAUAGAGAGCUCACAAAAAAAGUUGUACAAAGAGCAGAAAAGGCCGGAUAUAAAGCUCUCGUUCUGACUGUGGAUGCAAAUGUGUUUGGUUUACGUUAUGCAGAUAUGAAGAAUAAUUUUGACUUGCCACCGCAUUUAAAACUGGCUAAUUUUGAUGGACUGAUUUCAAAAAUCGAGAAAGCUGAAAAUACAUCAGGUUUAAAUUCAUACUGUAAUCAACUGUUCGAUCAAAGCAUUUCUUGGAAUGAUGUACAGUGGCUUCAAAAAAUUACAAAGUUACCAGUUGUCUUGAAAGGUAUACUAACAGCUGAAGAUGCGAUAGUGGCUGUUGAACACGGGGUUUCAGCGAUCAUUGUAUCCAACCAUGGAGGCAGACAAUUGGAUACAGCACCAGCUUCAAUUGAAGCACUUCCCGAAAUUGUCAGAGCUGUUGGUAAUAAAGUGGAUGUUCUUUUUGAUGGCGGUAUUCAGUAUGGAACUGAUAUUUUCAAGGCAUUGGCGUUGGGAGCAAAAAUGGUGUUUAUUGGAAGAGCUGCUCUGUGGGGUUUGGCUUAUGGAGGUGAAAAAGGCGUACACAAAUUGUUGAAAAUUUUAGAAAAUGAAUUGACCACUACCAUGGGAUUAACAGGUUGUCAAAAAGUGAAAGAUAUCAAAAAAGAAAUGAUUGUUCACGAAUCAUUUUACCACAAAUUAUGAGUGAAUUUUCCAAUUAUCUAUCAACACUUGAGAUUACUCACGAACAACGCAUAUAAGUACCUAUGUAUUUGAUUUAAUUUGCAAAAUGCUCAUUAUACGUACAAUUUGAUAAAUUUUUCAACCGUUAAA